AUGAAAUUCAACGAAAUCUCCCAUUUCAGCCACCCUCAACACCGGCUCAAACCAUGCUACACCGAGGUCCCAUUCAAGUGCGAUGGUUGCAAGGAAGUCGGCAUAGGCUCUAACUACAAAUGCACGACAUGCAACUACGACUUGCACGUCCACUGUGCCCUCCCGUCCUCUUCCAUCUCCCACCCUUUCUACACCAAGUGUUCCUUCCAGUUUCUCUCCCGCCCACCGGGACCCAUAGCCCGCUAUUGCAACGCCUGCGAGAAGGUGGUGUCAGGGUUCGUUUACCACUGUUCACUGUGUGGGUUCGACCUUCACCCCUGUUGCGCCAAGCUUCCAACCAUGUUGGAUGACGGCGAGGUGGAGUUGUACCUUUACAGAAAGGUGGGGUCUGCCUGCCACAGAUGUGGCAGGAAGGGACGAAGUUGGAGUUACAGGUCAAGAUGCAAGAAGUAUAACUUGCACGUGGCCUGUGUGAAAGAGAUGUUGGUGGAGAGUUGGCAUGAAUUGUAUUUUGGUGGGGUUGGGGUGAAAGUGGAGACAAGAAUUCCAAGUUUGAAGGGCACAUUGGAAAGCUAUCAUCAAAAUCAUCACCAUCAAAGUAAAGGGAAAGUGAAGAAGUGUUGUGAGAUGGCUGGUUUGGCAAUGCAGUUUGUCAUAUCUGCAGUUCUUGGUGAUCCCACCACUCUAAUUGCUGGUGUCGUUGGUGCUUUCAUGUCUAAAUAA